AAAGACAAUAUCUUCAACAGUAUGAACGGUUCUGAAAAUAGACAAUAUCAUAAUAAAUCGAAAAGACGAGAGCGUUCAUCGUGGAAUUGCAGCCAUAUAAAUUUAUUUUAAAACAACAAAAAGGCAAGCAACCAGGCAUCAAUCUCUGGAAGAUUUGUGCAUGUUCAUGACUCUUCACGUUAACUUUGAUAAGUGUCAUGUGAGUCUCCUUUCAUCCACAGAAACUUCUUUCCUCCAUACUCCCAACUAUUAUAAAUAACACCAAAAUCUCUCACUUAACUUCUACAACCAUUACAUUAUCCUCGUUUCACCCAGAAACUGAAUUCAAGUUCUUGAAAGACCAAGCAUUUCUUGUUCUUCUUCAACAAAAAUGGCACCACAUGGAGAGGCAAUGUCAAGGAGCAACAACUUCUCCAAACCACCAAGGCUUUCAUCCAAUGCCCUCCAAAGAACAAUCUCCGACAUAUCAAUGGAAUUGAAGGAGUUAACGAUAACAUCAGAAACCACACAAGGAACGCUUCCACCGAUAUCAGAGAUCGAGGAUGCACGGUGUGAGUGUUGUGGAAUGUGCGAGGAGUACACUCAAGAGUACAUUGAUCAAAUGCGAGACAAGUUUCUUGGGAAGUGGAUUUGCGGGCUCUGUGCCGAGGCUGUGGAAGGGGAGGUCGAGAAGCAUGGAGGGAGCAAAGAGGCAGCAUUGAACGCGCACAUGAGCGCCUGUGCAAGGUUUAACAAACUGGGGAGGGCUUAUCCAGUUUUGUUUCAGGCUGAGGCAAUGAGAGAGAUGUUGAAGAAGAGUAGAAUGGAUGGGAGAGGAGGCUUUAGGGCUAAGUCUUUGAGUCCUAGAGACAAAGCUGCAGCUCCAAAGAAAGGUGGGAUUGCUAGGAGCUCAAGCUGUAUUCCAGCCAUCACUAGAUCAGAGGAUAUUAGCAAUCUCAAACUGCAAAACUAAUCCAUAUUUUGCCUGAGAUUAGCCACUUUAGCUGCACUUUUGACUUCCAUUAAUGUCAUUUGAGUCUUCUUCAACACCUAGUUUAAUCGACUCGUUCGAAAGGUCAUUUUUUUUCUAGGUGGGUAUCUAAUAUUUUUGCUGCCCUUUCAUGGGUUUUUUCUCUUCUGUAAAAAGGUACCUAAAAUUUGGUAUUUGUAUUAUCAUGUGCUAAUCCUUAACAAGUUGGUAAGCUUGUAGUUCAGUGUCAAUGAUGACGGGCUGCUUUACAAGCAAAGUAGUGGUAUGAACAGCAUGUAUGGAUA